AACCACAAAACACAAACACUCAUGGAUUCUCUCCCUCUCGGCAAUGAUAAAGUGCAGAAGCCUCUGCACAUUGCAAUGCUCCCAUGGCUGGCAGCAGGUCACGUAAAUCCUUAUUCGGAGCUCGCAAAGAUUUUUGCUCAAAAGGGUCACUCUGUCACCUUCAUAAGCACUCCCAAAAACAUCGAUCGCAUGCCCAAAAUCCCUCAACCCUUACAACCAUUCAUUAAAUUGGUGAGGUUACCCUUACCACACACAGAGCAUCUCCCAGAAGGCGCAGAGAGUAGCAUGGACAUUCCCAAAUCAAAGAGCAGUCACCUCAAGUUAGCUUAUGAUGGUCUCCAAGAUGCUGUGUUCGAGUUGCUCAAAACUUCAAGGCCUGAUUGGGUUUUCUACGAUUUUUCAACCGAGUGGUUACCCGCAAUAGCCAAGAGUCUCGGCAUUCCCUGUGCACAUUACAACUUAACCGCAGCAUGGAACAAAGUGUUCUACGAUCCACCCAAGGAAGUACUCAACAAAAAAAAUUUCUCUAUUCUCGACAUGUGUAACCCUACCUGGCUUCCUUUCCAAACAACCCUUCAUCUCAGGCCUUACGAAAUAAUAAGAGCAAUGAACUCUGGCAAAGACGUUGACACAGGUCGUACUGCUUCUUUCGAUCUCGGAAAGGUGUAUUCCAGCUGUGACGUGUUUCUUCUGAGGACAUGCAGAGAACUGGAAGGAGAAUGGUUGGAUUAUCUCGCUCGCAGGUACAACAUGCCCGUGAUUCCGGUGGGUUUGGUUCCACCAUCCAUACAGAUAAAGGAUGUUGGAGAGGAAGACAGAAACCGCGACUGGGUCAAAAUCAAGGAGUGGUUGGACUCGAGAGAGUCCUCAUCCGUGGUGUAUAUAGCUUUCGGGAGCGAGUUGGAGCUGAGUCAGGAAGACCUUACUGAGUUGGCUCAUGGCAUUGAGUUUUCAAAGUUGCCUUUCUUUUGGGCUUUGAAGAAGGUGAAAGGGGAUUCAGCUGAAUUGCCAGAGGGGUUUGAGGAGAGAACAAAGGAUCGUGGGUUUGUUUGGAAGAAUUGGGCACCCCAGACUAAGAUCUUAGGCCAUGCAGCUAUUGGGGGAUGCAUUACUCACUGCGGCACCAACUCUCUGGUUGAAAUGCUUAAUUUUGGGCAUGUUCUUGUGACUAUUCCGUAUUUGCUAGACCAAGCGCUGUUUUCCAGGGUGGUGGAAGAAAAGAAGGUGGGAAUUGAGGUAGCAAGGAGCAAGGAAGAUGGGUCCUUUACGAGGGAGUCUGUGGCUAAGACAUUGAGGUUUGCAAUGGUGGAUGAAGAAGGAAGCAGUUACAGAAAUAACGCCAAACAGAUGGGAAAGCUUUUCAGUUCCACAUACAUUCACAAUCAGUACAUCGACGAUUGCAUUCUUGCUCUUCAGAACUACAAAGCUCCUUCCAACACUUAAUCAUCUCUACUCUGCUUUUCUCUUUUACUUCUGCAAUGCUUUAACUUUUCUCAUGCAGUACUAUUUCAAUUCUCUGCGUUUCUC